AUGGCAAAAUAUAAUUUUGAAUCAACCAAAAUUGGUUUCAUUGGUGGUGGAAAUAUGGCAAGUGCCAUUGGUGCUGGUUUAAUUCGGAAAGGUAUUUUGAAAGCAAACAAUGUUUGGGUUUCUGCACGUACAAAUCGAACAUUGGGCUUUUGGAGUGAUCUAGGUGCUCAUGCAACGUUAAAAAAUGGGGAAGUAUUCGACAAUUGUGAUGUUAUAUUUUUAGCAAUGAAACCACACAUGCUUGAAGAUGCACUUGACAGCUUAAAUGCAACAAGGUCACAUAAACAUUCACCACUUUUUGUCUCUGUGCUUGUGGGCAUUCCAUUAGAUAGUCUAGCUUAUAAACUCAGACAUAUUGUGGAACAUCCUAGAAUAAUUAGAUGCAUGCCUAAUACUCCAAUGAUGGUUGGUGAGGGAAUAACAGUAUAUUGUUCAUUGAACACAACAAAUGGAGAUGUAGACAUGAUUGAAACAUUAUUGUCUUACAUUGGUGUAGCUGAAAGCAUUCCUGAAUCUCUUAUGAAUGCUGUGGGUGGUCUCUCAGGCUCUGGUCCUGCUUAUGCAUAUCUUGUUAUAGAAGCAUUAGCAGAUGGUGCAGUUAAAAUGGGUGUUCCAAGACCCAUGGCAACAAAAUUUGCAGCUCAAGUAUUAGUUGGAGCUGGUAAAAUGGUAUUAGAAACAGGUAGACAUCCUGGUCAGUUAAAGGAUGAAGUGUGCUCCCCAGGAGGUACAACCAUUACAGGAAUUCAUGCCAUGGAAUGUGGUCAAGUCAGAGCAUCUAUGAUGAAUGCAGUUGAAGCUGCAGUGAAGAAGUCAAACGAAUUGUCGUCAAAGACAAAAUAAAACUUGGUACAAGGAAUGUUUGAAGUAUAUAAAAAAUGGGAUAACAAAGUGGCAUCAUUUUAUUUAUAAUGCAUUUCAGUAAGCAUUUUCAACAUGAAAUUGCCUGAAGAGGUCAAUAGUACAAAAGCAAAGUAUGAUAUUAUUUAAAUAGUAAAAUGGAAAUAUUUAAAUACAUGA